CCCCCGACUCACUCGCUCGACGUGCUCAAAGGGCUUGCUUCCCAUGUCCCUUGCCUCGCAGACCCCACGCACCAAGACGCCCGUCGUACAGCGUUUCCCCACACCUCCAUGGCCACUGACAUGAUGCCCUCGGCGCCGGCGGCGGCUGAUGCAGCUGCCGCAUCAACCCAGAAGAUGUCUCGCUACAGGAGCGUGAGGCGUGCCCAGGAACAGCACACGAGACCGCCCGCACACUGUUCGCAGCACCACCAGCCGUCGCAUCCAGCGCCCCUUAUGCCUGCUGUUCCAGACUCACCGCCUCAAAACGACGUGUCGCUCAGCAGGAGCAUGAGUCGCUAUCACCGCCGACCCGUGACCUCGCACGCGACCAGCCCGCAACCCCCUCUGCAACGCCUGAACCCAGACUCGGAUGAUUCAGAGCCUCCGCUGCCCCAGUCGCCGCCUUCUGCUUCCCGAUACCGCACCCCAGGCUCCCCGUACCACUCGUCACAUGCUGCCAAUACCGCCCAGCGCCGCCCCAGGUCCUCCAACGCUCGCGGAGAAGCAUCCCCCCCGCCCAGCGAUGCGCCCAGGCAACUGUCGCUCAGGAGCGAUGACAGCGCCCGGGAAAUCCUCGCAAAGGAAAAGGAGCGCCAGCGCCAGCUGAGAGAAAAGCACGACGCAGAUGCGCGCGCGAAGAAACAGGCCCGCCAGGCCGAGCUGGACAGGGCCGAGAAGCUGCGCCAAGAAGAGGACGAAGCUGCGCGCCUGCGAGAACAGCAGCGAGAGGCUCAAGAGGCCGCCGACGCACGGCGCCGGCAGAGAGAAGAGCAAAAGGCAGAACAGGAGCGUGGAAGGCGACUGCAAAAGGUCGACUCCCGAAAGGCUUCUCAGUCCAAGGAAGAACGACAGCGGCAACCGUCAAGGGCACCACCGCCCUUGACGUCUCCCACCGUCUCUCCCCCGCGGCAGCAAGAUGUAGGCGUCGGCAUGUUCAAGAGGAGAAAAGACGACGCCCUCGGCCUCGAUGCGCCUGCACAACUCGCCCCCGCGCCGCAACUCUCCCUCAGCCUUGACAGCCACGCCGACGAGACGAUUCGACCGGGCGGAGGAGGCGUAGUACGAAAUAUCGAUGCACCGACGUCAGCUGUGAAUGCUGGUGACAGGCGCGUUACCGUGGUUUGCAACAAGAAGCGCAUCUUGCUACCAGUCACCCCUACCACUACGCCCCUGGACUUGAUCAAGUCUGCUUCCACAGUCCUGACCGACCCCAUUGAUGUGCGUACCGCCGUCAUCUCCGAGUACUUUACCAAAGUCAGCAUCACGCGCCCGCUGCGCAACUAUGAAUAUGUGCGAGAUGUCAUGAACUCGUGGGACCACGACAAUCAAAACGAGCUGACCAUCAUCGACUCGGACGUGGACGGAAUCAACCAGGAUGACUUGCUCGCAUACAAGGUCCCAGAGACCAGGCCCGAAGGCAUGUCAUGCUACAUUCAGUACUCGUCGCGACCCGGCAAAUGGAGCAAGCGCCUCCUUACGCUGCGUGCUGAUGGCCAGUUAGUCAUGGCCAAGAACGAAAAGACAAAGGAAAAGGACCUCGAGAACAUCCUCACACUCACAGACUAUGACAUCUACACGGUCACGCAGCAGAAGCUGGCCAAGGUGAAGCCGCCCAAGAAGAUAUGCUAUGCCGUCAAGAGCAUGCAAAAGUCGAACAUCUUUGCAGACGAGUCGCAAUACGUCCACUUCUUCUGCACGAAUGACCGCGACACAGCCAACCUCUUCUACGGCGCUCUGCAAACGUGGCGCAGCUGGUACCUCAAGCAUCAAAAGGGCGAGGGGCAGAAGAAGAAGUCGCCGGCGCAGCGUAACAUAACUGCCGAAGCACAGCAGACAUCAGGUCAUUCGCGGGGCGAGUCGGUAGGCUCACAUUACCAGCUCGGCGCUUUCUCGUCGCUUCUGGACAUGGACAGUUUCAAUAAGAAGCUGGAUGAGAUUGAAGUGCACAAGCCCGGCGAGUUCCCGGAUGACAAGCCUCUCUCCAAGCUGGAUAGCAGAGCCAUGCACACGCGGAAAAAGUCGCUGCGGGCGAAGAACCCGCCUCCAGCAGCUUUGGGCAGGAGUGCAGCGAGUAAGGCCGGCGCGUCGCAGCCCAUGUCGCGGCAGACGUCUGGACAGCGCAGCUCCGACGGCAAAGAGGACGAAGAGUUUGCCUCUGGUGGCCUUCUGGGCCGAACCUACACGGAGCGGCAGGCCGCCGCCCAAGCGCGGGAGCAGGCGUCGGGGCCGUCAAGCCCAUUUACAGACGGGCCGUCACUGCUGAACAACAUCAGUCGUCUGGGACCGCCGAUGAGCGACAGUGGUGUAAAACGCAGCACUUCGGUGCGCAGCAAUCACCAUCGGAGAACGUCAGGCGAGCUCCAGCGAAGUGCUUCGAAGCGCGUGCCAGGCAUGCCCGAGCCCUUGGUUGAUCUUACGCCGACGUACCGCCCGCCGCCACAGCACCUGAACAAGGGCAAAGGGUUCAAUCCGGGGGCGGGCGCAGGGCCGCUGGUCGAAAGCGCAACGUCAAUGGAAGAAGCAAUCAAGAUCCCCUCGACAUACCGUCCGGCGCCGCAGCAUCUCAACAAGGGCAAAGGAUACAAUCCAGGGACGGGUGCCGGGCCACUUGUGGAGAGCGCAACGUCGAUUGAAGAAGCCAUCAAGAUCCCUUCGACGUAUCGCCCGCCGCCGCAGCACCUGAACAAGGGCAAGGGGUUUACUCCGGGCGCGGGUGCAGGGCCACUGGUGGAGAGCGCCACGUCGAUUGAAGAGGCAAUCAGGGUCCCUCCGUCGACGGAUUGGCGCGCGGGUCGCCCAGGCACAUCGCGGGCUGCUGGGCUGGACCGCACACGGUCGCUCAAGGGCCGUGGCGAGCCUCUUGCUGCGCACACCAAGAACAACCACGGAGGCAUUCCCGAGGAUGUUAGCAAGGCGUUUACGGGCGGGGGACUGGUGUCUCAAGCGGGCUACUCUCUAGGCAGAGACAGUGUGGGCAGAGGCGUCAUGGACGGCAGCAAAGCCAAGGGACCAAUGGUCAACCUGGCGACGAACAGCCAGUUUGCUGAAGGCAGCUUGCUGAGCGGGUUGCCGGUAGCCCCGCCGAUUAUCGAUCGCAGUGGUGAGGACUAGCGAUUGGGAUGGUUUGCGGGCGGAACCAUUACCCAAACGAGCCAUGGGCGUAUGUUUCUUGCAUGCAUUGUGAUUUUAGCCUGAUGUCCUCUCUCUUUUUUUUUAUGUGUUCCUUUGUUUGCGACAUGUGUUAUGUAGGGCGGUCUACAUGUCAACGGCCUGGUUGUCCGUAGGGAUAGAUGGUCGGGACUGAUGGCGGAAGAGGCGGGGUUGUUUCUUGUUUACGGCCGAUGCAGACGACAUUAUAAUGAAAAGCUUUGAGAUAAUAGCAGCAUAGCGGACGGGGGUC